AUGGCCGGACCUGCCCCCACUGCCUGCAGGCAGAAGGCAGAGGUCACCGCUGGGGACCAAAUAAAGGAGCUGCGGGCCCAGCUGGCCGAGCGAAGACAGCAGGUGCUAGACCUCAGGGAGCGGCUGACCAUCUCGGAGUCCACUACCUUCUCCCUGGCCAACGAGCUACAGCGAUACAAAUGCCAAAAAUUCAAGGGUAUUCUUGAAGCUGUGCUCGGGGAGAAGGUAGAUGUUGAAGAGGAAAAGCAGGCUGAGGACUCAGCUCUCACUGCCCAGCUCAGGGAAGCUCAAAAGAUCAUUGAGCGUCAGGCCCAAGAGCUGGCCCAGCUGAGGCAGAAACUAGAGAAGAGCAGAGAGGUGUCCUUUGUAAUCAAGACCCUCCUCUGUGAAGAUGACCCUGAGAACAACCAGGGGCAGGGCCUUCAUUGUCUGCUGGCUGCGGGGCGCAGGCUGGCCGAACGCCUUGCCGGCUUGCUCAGCCCAGAGAACUGUGAAGAGGAGGAGGACAAGAAGGAAGAAGAGUCCCCAGCCCCCAGGCUGAACAUGGAGGCCCAGGAGGAGGAGGAAAUGAGUGGAGUCCUACAGGACUCACCGGAUGAAGGACACCAGGCUUCUGCCAGUCAUCAGCACCUGGAUGACACCCACCAGCCUGCCUGCACGAGUGCAUCCCUCUGUAAGGAGCAGGACGUCUCCUGUUCUCUGGAUGCAGCUAAAACUCACAGUGAUGAGAAGGGUGAGGAAGAAGAAGAUCUGAUUGUGGCCAGUCUCAGCAGGGACAUGGAGGACCUAGGUCCCAUCCUGCAAACCUCACUGGGUGAGCAGCCUGUGACUGUCUCCAGUGGCUGCAAUUUGUCUGGUCCUUGCCACCCUCUCAACACUGCUGCCCUCAUGCCAGACGAGGGGGAGGUCGGCUCUCCCCUGGGUCCAGCCAGCGAGUCCUUCUCACUAGUAGCUGUGGACACAUGUGGUGAUGUGUCACAGCAGGCACCAUCCAUGGGGGGCUGAGGAGAGC